CCUACCUACCUACCUAGAGGGAUGGAAGCUACACACAUUCGAGAAAAGGGUGUUGUUGAGGGAAGUGAAAACAUUGCUGCUGGGAAAGAAAAUGAACAAGUUCUUCUCAAGAACAUUAUUGCAACUCAUCCUUUGUAUGAACUUUUGAUUCAAUCUCACAUCAACUGCUUCAAGGUGGGAUUAAGCGAAGCUGAAGUGUUUGAUGAUGAUGCACUGAAGAAGCUGAUGAAUUCAAAGUCCAAAGCAACAUCUGGUGCAAACACUUCAGAGUUAGAUCACUUCAUGGAAGCUUAUUGCAUGGCACUGAGCAAGCUGAAAGAGGCAAUAGAAGAACCAACAAAAGAAACGAAUGCUUUCAUCAGAGCCACGUAUCAUGAACUAAAGCAACUGGAAGAAGUGAAGCACCCAUAACUUUUCAUAAGUAGUUGGAAUCCUUUCUAGCAAGUACCAUUACCUUAUUAUUGUAGCUCUUAUUUUCAGAAUCUUAUUCACUCAACCAAUCACUUUCA